UACCACUGGAGAAACUGCCCGAUGAAGCACGUCAGUAUCGCGCUGUUGUUAGUCUGUUGUGUGGCGGUAACACACGGAGGUUGGAAGUCAUGGCUGGCGAAGGCGGCACGGAACAAGAUGGCCCAGGACCUGUCGGGCGGAGCCGUGUGUAACUGGUGCUUCCUGUGUGGGGAGGGCUCCAUCCAACAGUACAGCAAAUACAGGUUGUCGCGACAGAUUUGCCAAAUGUGCGGAGAGGACUGUGGCUCACAAUCAUCAUCAUCAUCAUCGCUAGUCCCGUCUACGGACGCCCCACUCUGUAACACCACUUGUGCACAAGAACUGCUGGAUUUCCCGGCUAUGAACGCCACCAUGUCAGCCAUGAUGGGUGAGAUGACGGACCCUGCCGAGAUGGGGAUGGAUGACGUCAUGGAACAUCUACAGGAACUGGAGGAUCUCGAGCCGACGUGCGGUGCGCAGACCCUCCACUGGCGGCUGACGGGGCCGCGUGUCAUGUUGGAGUACAGCGGCGGAGACCAGAGGAUGACGCUGGGGUUUUCGGAUGAAACUCUGGACGGCCUACUGGAGGACCCCGACUUUACAGAUGAGUGUCCCAAGCUGAUGUCCAAGAUGGCUGACUGUGGCGCGAUGGAGGAGGUUGCUGCGCAGUUCCCGUCCAUGAUGUCGGACAUGAUGUCAGACAUGGUGCCCGACUGUCACGUCAUGGUCAACAACUUCACCUGUACAGACGACAUGCAACUCACACAGGCGGGCGAUACCAUGAUGGCGAUGGGGGAGAACUGGGCCAUAAAAAACUACCCCUGCACGCUGGAGUACACUCCUGUUGUGAGGAGGGGGUAUUGGCGGUGGAUCAUCGUCAACGGGAGACCGCUAAGGGUGAAAAUACAGAUCAGAUUUGCUUGAAAACACAUUUACUGCAAAGAAACACCAUUUUUCCAUCAUACGAUGUACCAAUACGUCACCACAGACCCUGUGUCAGCCCGUGUUAAAACUUUGCUUUGGAUGACACAGUUCUCUUUCGUCAUCUAGUCUGUAACUUCUCUGAUAAAAUUACCUUCUCCCAUUCACCCAAAACAAUGUACGGAAUGGCACUUUAAAGUAGGAAACAAUCUUGUUUAUUGUCACACUGAAGGGUAAACGUGAAUGUGAAGUACAACACAGAACUGCCACCUAGCGGUAGAGAACAUUCUUACAACCAAAAACCACAUCUUCAAGAACCUCAUGUAGGCUUCCCAUCUUUUCUGGUGUGAAAAUAUGGCUGUGUUAUCUUUUUUGAGAGUAAUUAUAGAUGUAUUACAGAUUGAUAGAGUAGCACACAUUUUGCUACAGAAACAAAUAUCUUAGGGGAUACCCUUUCCAUAUCCAAUGCUAUGUACAAAUCAUGGGCUGGUAUAAAACUCAGGAAUACAUGUAGCUUCUUUGAAAACCAAUGGUAUUAGUCUAGUCCUUGUAGACAAAAUCCAUGAUUAGUGUAUCUUCUUUACAAUGCACAUCUGGAACAAAACAGUCUAUCUACAAAUUGUGACUCAAAGAAAAUUCUGUUCAAACUCUCAACUAGCUGCACCAUACUGUUAACAUCAACACAAUCCCUACAAAAUGAAACACAUUCAACAACACUAAGUCUUGCCAUCGAGACUGUAACUGUGACAUAAAAAGUCUUCAGGAUAUAUUCUACAGUAGAAAAUCACUCAAGAUAGAAUUUGCACUAUCUACAUGUGAAACUGUUGUUAACACAUAGCUGGUAAUGAUUGGGUGGCAUGCUAUGUAUGCCAGUUGGUUUUUAUUUUAAGCCUAUGUUCCGGAGUAGUUCAGAAAUGCUAAACAGAUAUUUGCAUUUUGACACAGAGAAUUGGUUGCUUACAGGGUCUAAGCCAAUAAAUGUACCAA